AUGGCCGCCCCCAUAGCGCAAGGAAUGUUCACCCUAAUGGGAAUGAAAGUCGUGUCGCAUGUUGCCUGUGUCACCUUAGAAUCCGAUUCACUUCCAGAAACUCCAAACAUGCCAAGGGCUGGAAGAAAGAAGAAACGCUUAGUGCGACGUCCGCGCAGUUAUAAAAUGGAUGUCGAUCCUCAACCAACUACCUCUCAAAAUAAGCCAGAUAGCAGAAUGGAAUGGGACGGAGCAGAAUCUUGUCUUUCGUCAACAAGCGAAAGCGAAGGAAACACUGCUGCUGAUGCUGACGAUGAACAAAGCGACUGGGUCGGGUACGCCCCCUCCGUGACCGAGGGUGACUUUGAUCCACUAGACGAGCGCCGAGGUCGUCGACUGCAGCAAAAGUUACAAAUGUCUCAGUUGCAACGACGUCUGGAAAGAUUUGCGCUUGAGGGUGGUCGAGGAGAAAUGGGCAUCGAGUUUCGCAUUAAGGAUCGACCAAAUUCAAUUCAGUUCAAUCGCAUGUUGUUACACUAUCGCCUAGAAGUUGUCAAACGUCAGCGUGGUACGGUAGUAAUCCGAAAGAAAAACAACUCGUGCAAUAAGGUCCCAGAAUACGAG